GGAUUGACACACUGUAUUGACAGAUCAAGUUAUCAAAAGAUCAAGCAUUUCUGUGAAUUGGAAAACUAAUGUUAGAAGAUAAAUGUUGGGAAAGAAUUUAUAAACAGAACAUAAUGUAGGAUCUCUUAUUAUCUUUUUAAUACAAGUGGAUGUUUUUUUUCUGAACAAAAAAGAAAAAAGGAAAGACAGAAAAGAAAAAGGGAAAAAGACAAAAAGAAGAGGCUGUAGCUACUCAAGGCAUUUGAUGAACUUAUAAUAAUUUAGUGUAUGAUCAGAAUGUUAACAAAGAUGAGGUUAUGAUUGACAACAAUUAGUCACUAACAUGGAUAUGUAUUUCAGAUUUCCUUAGACUGCUGUGGAACACUCUAAUUGUAUGAAAAUCACAGUGAGUUGCCAGAAUUUCUUGGUGGUUCCCACACGUGUCGAUGAGGGAGGUUGCCUUCGAUCUGAUAAGGGUCCGUGGAAGAAUCCAGAAAUAUUGAAGAUGGUUCACAAUGGUGAAGCGCGGCGUGCCAGGCAGAUUGUCAAGGUUAUAACCAGCGAGGGGAAGGUUACCUAUAUUAAACCGCACUACCCAGCGCAGGUGAAAGGUAGUGAUACAUCGACUGCUGAGUCGGGUUCUGAAGCUGAAGAUAUUGGCUCUCCCAAAACAAUAAAGAGCUAUUCACAUCUUCGGUUGACUCCUGUUCGUGAGGAAGUCAAUCCUGAAGCCUCCACUCCAAUUUACUCGCUCCGUGGCCUCGACAACUUCAAGUUCUUCUCAUUGUCUUUCUACUGGUACUGUGCAAGGACAUAUGUACAACUCGACGAUGGUACAGAGUUGCUAGAUGCUGUGAUGUUCGGUGAUGUUGCAGAAAACAUAUUCUCAUGUACUGCAGUUCAAUUAAGAUCAUAUUCGGACGAGAAACAUAAGUUGUUUGUCCAAAAAACUACAAGGCAACUAUCAGCCAAAAAAUGGAGAAUUCAGUUGUACGUAGAUGCAAACCGAACAAUGAGUUCAAAGUACAAUCAGUUCACCAUUCAAGCAGUUGAACCAAUGGAAGAUUAGGCAGAAGUUGCCAUUUUUUUUUUACAGUAAUUUUAUUUUAUUUAGUGUUAAGACUUUUCUUGGUGCCGAGCUUCUUUCAAUUUCUAUUGACUUGUUAUCUACGGAUUUACAUGGAGUAUUGUAUGCAAGUAUUUCAUAUACCCAAUUUUCUAGAAGUAAAUAAUAAGUAUCAUUUUAUUUUGA